AUGGAAGAGUCUGGGUCCCUGCCCACAGGCUUCGGGGAGCUGGAGGUGCUGGCUGUGGGGACGUUGCUGCUGGUGGAAGCUCUCACUGGUCUCAGCCUCAAUAGCCUGACCAUCCUCUCUUUCUGCAAGACCCCGGAGCUGCGGUCUCCCAGCCACCUGCUGGUGCUGAGCUUGGCUCUGGCAGACAGUGGGAUCAGCCUGAAUGCCCUCGUUGCGGCCAUAUCCAGCCUCCUAAGGCGCUGGCCUUAUGGCUCCAAUGGCUGCCAGGCCCAUGGCUUCCAGGGCUUUGUGACAGCUCUGGCCAGCAUCUGCAGCAGCGCGGCCAUUGCCUGGGGGCGUUACCACCACUACUGCACCCGCAGCCAGCUGGCAUGGAACACGGCUCUCUCCGUGGUGCUCUGUGUGUGGCUGUCUUCUGCCUUCUGGGCAGCACUGCCCCUCCUGGGCUGGGGCCACUAUGACUAUGAGCCACUGGGGAUGUGCUGUACGCUGGACUACUCCAGGGGGGACAGAAACUUCACCAGCUUCCUCCUCACCCUGGCCUCCUUCAACUUCCUUGCACCCCUUUUCAUCACAGUCACCUCCUAUCGUCUCAUGGAGCAGAAGCUCAGGAAGGCUGGCCAUCUCCAGGUGAACACCACUCUGCCAUCCAGGACACUGCUGCUUGGUUGGGGCCCCUAUGCUCUCCUGUAUCUGUAUGCAGCCAUCGCGGAUGUGACCUCCAUCUCCCCCAGGCUGCAGAUGGUGCCUGCCCUCAUUGCCAAAACAGUGCCCACAGUCAAUGCCAUCAACUACGGCCUGGGCAGUGGGAUGGUGCACAGGGGGAUCUGGCAGUGCCUCUCACCACCGAGAAGCCAAUGGGACCGAACCUCGUGA